UGUAUAAAGAGGCCGGCGACAGCCGCCCUGCAGCACCGGCUGCUCGGGACAGGCUCGCCUGGAGUCCACGGCUGCACUGAGCGUCCCAACGCCUCCACGAUGGCACCAGUGGGCAGCAAAAAGGCCAAGAGGGGCAUCCUCGAACGUCUAAAUGCUGGAGAGGUUGUGAUUGGAGAUGGAGGGUUUGUCUUUGCACUGGAGAAGAGGGGCUAUGUAAAGGCUGGACCCUGGACUCCCGAAGCCACUGUGGAGCACCCUGAGGCAGUUCGCCAGCUUCACCGCGAGUUCCUCAGAGCCGGGUCCAAUGUCAUGCAGACCUUCACGUUCUACGCCAGUGAAGACAAGCUGGAGAACAGGGGAAACUACGUUGCAGCAAAGAUAUCUGGGCAGAAAGUGAACGAAGCUGCCUGCGACAUUGCCCGGCAGGUGGCUGACGAGGGAGACGCUUUGGUUGCAGGAGGUGUGAGUCAGACGCCUUCGUACCUCAGCUGCAAGAGUGAGACUGAAGUUAAAAAAAUCUUUCACCAGCAACUGGAGGUCUUCCUGAAAAAGAACGUGGAUUUCCUCAUUGCAGAAUACUUUGAACAUGUUGAAGAGGCGGUGUGGGCAGUGGAAGCUCUGAAAGCCUCAGGUAAACCCGUGGCGGCCUCCAUGUGCAUCGGACCCGAAGGAGACCUGCACGGCGUGCCCCCCGGAGAAUGCGCAGUGCGCCUGGUGAAAGCAGGAGCCGCCAUCGUGGGCGUGAACUGCCACUUCGACCCCACAACCAGCCUGCAGACACUGAAGCUCAUGAAGGAGGGCUUGGAGGCCGCCCGGCUGAAAGCUUACCUGAUGAGCCAGCCGCUGGCCUACCACACUCCGGACUGUGGUAAACAGGGAUUCAUCGAUCUCCCAGAAUUCCCCUUUGGACUGGAGCCCAGAGUUGCAACCAGAUGGGACAUUCAAAAAUAUGCCAGAGAGGCCUACAACCUGGGGGUCAGGUUCAUUGGCGGGUGCUGUGGAUUUGAGCCCUACCACAUCAGGGCAAUUGCAGAGGAGCUGGCCCCCGAACGGGGAUUUCUCCCACCUGCUUCGGAAAAGCACGGCAGCUGGGGCAGUGGCCUGGACAUGCACACCAAACCCUGGAUUAGAGCAAGGGCCAGGAAGGAAUACUGGCAAAAUCUUCGUAUAGCCUCUGGUCGGCCAUACAACCCUUCGAUGUCAAGGCCAGAUGCUUGGGGUGUGACCAAGGGCACAGCCGAGCUGAUGCAGCAGAAGGGAGCCACGAGUGAGCAGCAGCUGAAGGAGCUCUUCGAGACACAAAAACUCAAAUCUGCUCAGUAGCCAGGCGAGCUCCUCUGUGGGGCGCCACAGCGUACAGAAAGAAGGAAAGGGCGCCUAAGAGCCCAUGAUCGGGCAGACACUAACCUACACAUGUAAUCAGUAUUAGCUGAACAAAGUAGAACUUGGGGUAAUUCUGAAAAUGUGCUUUAGUAGUUUCCUUAGAAGCAAAAACUAAAAUCAUAUGUAGUAAAUCUUAAGACAGGUUUCCUAAACACCUAUCACAUACAAAAUAUUAUGGAAAUUACUGCAGCAAAGAGAAGGUAAUUCAGAAAUCAAUCCACUUGAGGAUGUAGGUAAGCUUGCAGGAGGGUGGACAUGAACUGUCACAAAUAACUCAGCAACCAGGCAGGGACCGUGUCGCGACUGACACAGCAACCAACUUUAUCUGAGGUGCUUAUGAGAAAUAGCUUCCAAAGUCUUUGGAACAGGAAUCUCAAUGAGAAACAAUCAAUCCUGUGAAACAUCUAACCAGUGAAACAAAAUACUUUCUGUAUUCUGGUAUUUUCUGUUCUAUUCCUGUCCAUCCCAUUUCAUUAAUAAAACAUCCUGGUUGACAA